AUGUUACGCUUUUUCUUAUGCACAAACAAGCAUAAGCGUACUCUUACAACGUUCACUGUCUCACCUUCUACAACACAAAACACAAGCAACCCUCUUCUCUUCAGUCUCCAAAACCCAAAACCCCAUAUCACAAACUCUCCAAUCCCAUCAGAAAUCUUAACUCAUCAGCACAAAACAUCGCAAUCAGUAUCAAAUACACCACACUUUGUAUCAUCUUUUUCGCAUUCGAGUGUGGAUUUAUGUAAAUAUUUGGUUAGUACUUAUAGGGAUUCUAAUUGCUUAAAAGAUGCUAAACUCUUUCAUUUGCAGAUUUUAAAACAUGGGUUUGCUUAUGAUGUGUUUUUAUGCAAUACCCUUGUUAAUGUUUAUGUCAGAGUUCGUGAUUUGGUGUCUGCAAGUAAGCUGUUUGAUGAAAUGCCGGAUAAGAACUCGGUUUCUUGGGCUUGCUUGGUUUCAGGGUAUACACAAAAUGGGAUGUUUAAUGAGGCAUGUAAGGUGUUUAAAGAUAUGGUUUUUGCAGGGUUUUUGCCAAAUCAUUACGCUCUUGGGAGUACUCUUAGAGCCUGUCAGGAGUCUGGACCAAGUGGGCUUAAAUUUGGGACGCAAAUUCAUGCUUUUGUUUUGAAAUCUAAGUUUGCAUUUGAUGUUGUUGUGUUUAAUGUGUUGAUAUCGAUGUACGGGAGUUGUAUGGGGUCAAGUGAUUGUGCUCGUCGUGUUUUUGAGGAGAUAGAUACUAGGAAUUUGAUAUCAUGGAAUUCUAUAAUUUCAGUUUAUUCACAAAGAGGAGAUGCAGUUUCUGCUUUUGAUCUUUUUUCAAGCAUGCAAAGAGAGGGUUUGGGGUAUGGCUUUAGACCUAACGAGUAUACAUUUGGAAGCUUAAUAACUGCUGCUUAUUCUUCUGUUGAUUUUGGUUCUUGUUUGCUUGAGCAGAUGCUGACUAGGGUUAAGAAAUCGGGUCUUUUGUCAGAUUUGUAUGUGGGAAGUGCUUUGGUGAGUGGGUUUGCAAGGGUUGGGUUUUUUUAUUAUGCUAGGAAGAUUUUUGAGCAGAUGAGUCAGAGGAACGUGGUCUCCAUGAAUGGCUUGAUGGUUGGAUUAGUAAGGCAGAAACGUGGAGAAGAAGCAACUGAGGUUUUUAUGGAGAUGAGAAACUUAGUUCAUUUAAAUAUUGAUUCCAAUGUGAUUUUAUUAAGUGCUUUUGCUGAAUUUUCUGUGUUAGAGCAAGGGAGAAGAAAAGGUAAAGAGUUUCAUGGACAUACAAUCAGAAGUGGUUUAUUUGGCAACAAGGUCGCAGUUGGAAAUGGACUUGUUAAUAUGUAUGCAAAAUGUGGUGCUAUUGAGGAUUCUAAAUCAGUGUUUGCACUCAUGGAUGAAAAAGAUUCUGUCUCAUGGAAUACCAUGAUAUCCGGUCUCGACCAAAAUGAGCGUUUUGAAGAUGCAGUCAUGAGCUUCUAUGCAAUGAGAGGAGAUGGAUUGAUGCCUUCAAAUUUCACACUGAUAAGCUCUUUGAGUUCGUGUGCAAGCUUGGGUUGGAUCAUGCUGGGACGGCAAAUACAUGGUGAAGGGCUCAAAUUAGGACUUGAUUUGGAUGUUUCAGUUUCAAAUGCUCUUCUUUCUAUGUAUGGCGAUACUAGAUGUCUCACUGAAUGCUUGAAACUUUUCUCUUUGAUGCCUGAGUACGAUCGAGUUUCAUGGAAUUCUGUGAUUGGGGCAUUAGCUAAUUCAGAUGGAUCAGUUUCUGAAGCUGUAAAAUAUUACUUGGGCAUGAUGCGUGCUGGGUACACUCUUAACAGAGUAACCUUCAUAAGUAUUCUUGCAGCAGCAUCCUCUCUUUUCCUUGGCGAACUGGGCCACCAAAUACAUGCUCAAGUGAUUAAAUAUCAUGUUGUAGAUGACACUACAAUUGAUAAUGCACUUUUGGCAUGCUAUGGCAAGUGCGGAGAGACAGAUGAAUGUGAGAAAAUUUUUUCUAGAAUGUCUGAGAGAAAGGAUGACGUCAGUUGGAAUUCAAUGAUUUCUGGGUACAUACAUAAUGAACUCUUGCCAAAGGCCAUGGAUCUAGUCUGGUUUAUGAUGCAGAGAGGACAGAGAUUGGAUCAUUUCACCUUUGCCACUGUUCUCAGUGCUUGUGCCUCUGUUGCGACGUUAGAGCGAGGCAUGGAAGUCCAUGCUUGUUCCAUAAGAGCAUGUUUAGAAUCUGAUGUCGUAGUUGGGAGUGCAAUAAUUGACAUGUACUCCAAAUGUGGAAGAAUAGAUUAUGCUUCAAGGUUUUUUGAUAUGAUGCCUGCAAGGAAUGUAUAUUCUUGGAAUUCAAUGAUAUCGGGUUAUGCACGUCAUGGACAUGGAGACAAAGCUUUAAGCCUUUUUUCACAAAUGAAGUUAAAUGGUCCCUUACCAGAUCAUGUAACUUUUGUUGGAGUCUUAUCAGCUUGUAGCCAUGCAGGGUUGGUUGAUGAAGGAUUUAAACAUUUCAAAUCCAUGAGUCAAGUAUAUGGACUGGCUUCUCGAAUGGAACACUUUUCAUGUAUGGUGGAUCUCCUUGGGCGGGCAGGUGAACUUGAUAAGAUAGAAGACUUUGUCAAAAAGAUGCCUAUCAAGCCUAAUAUUCUUAUUUGGAGGACGGUAUUAGGGGCUUGCUGCCGUGCAAGUGGUCGCAACACAGAGUUAGGUAGGAAGGCUGCAAAUAUGCUAUUUGAGAUGGAACCUCAAAAUGCCGUGAACUAUGUACUCUUAGCUAACAUGUAUGCUUCUGGGGGGAAAUGGGAAGAUGUGGCAAAGGCUAGAAAGGCAAUGAAGGAAGCUGAAGUUAAAAAAGAAGCUGGUUGCAGUUGGGUCACCAUGAAGGAUGGUGUCCAUGUUUUCGUGGCUGGUGACAAAUCACACCCUGAGAAAGACUUGAUCUAUGAAAAACUCAUGGAACUUAACCAGAAGAUGAGGGAUGCUGGAUAUGUGCCCCAGACAAAAUUUGCACUGUUUGAUCUAGACCCAGAGAGUAAGGAAGAAGUCCUGAGCUAUCACAGUGAGAAAAUUGCAGUUGCAUUUGUUCUAACUCGGAGUUCAGGAUUACCUAUUCGGAUAAUGAAAAAUCUUCGCGUUUGUGGUGAUUGCCACUCUGCUUUUAAAUUUAUAUCAAAGAUUGUCGGUCGGCAAAUAGUACUGCGAGAUUCCAACAGGUUUCAUCAUUUUAACAAUGGUAAAUGUUCAUGCGGAGAUUACUGGUAAUUGAGUGUUCAAGAGUAGGUUUAACGUGGGAUUCUUCACUCGGGGGAGAAAUGAUGAAACAUCUUCAACAUUUUUUAACACAUACAAUGAUCUGGGUAAUGAGAGAAGUCUCAGUUAUGGCCAUGGAUUCAUUCUUCCCCAAUCCCCUGUCCAUUGUUAUAUGAGGUUUCAUGCAAGAGUUAAAGUAGACGAUUUUUGACCCUUUUGUACAGAAAAUUCCUUGAGGUUCUCACAUUUGUAUAAAUCAUUUCUGGAAAUGAAGGGACUGAUUGAGUUAUUAUCCUCUCCAAGCUCUGGAAUAGCUUGGAAUUUAUAUCAACUUAAUGAA